GACUGGGGUGAGCUCAGCCCUCCGCGCUGUCUGUAUCGAUGAAGUUGUUUCAAAGAUGGCGGAUUUCCUGCCGUCCCGCUCCGUUUUAUCUGUAUGUUUUCCCAACUGUCUUCUCACAAGCGGCGAGGCAGAACAAUUGCGGAAAUCUAAAGAGAUAGAUAAGUGUAUUAAUCGAGAUAAGACUUAUGUUAAAAGGUUAGUGAAGAUCUUAUUACUUGGGGCAGGCGAGAGCGGCAAGUCCACUUUCCUCAAGCAGAUGCGCAUUAUCCAUGGGCAGGACUUCGAUCAGAAGGCCAAAGAAGAAUUCAGAGCCACGAUUUUUAGUAAUGUUAUAAAAGGUAUUCGAGUGUUGGUGGAUGCUCGAGAAAAGCUACGCAUCCCAUGGGGCAACCUCUCCAACCAACGACAUGGCGACACAAUGAUGUCGUUCGACACCCGGUCAGUGAUGGCCCAUGGUCACGGCAUGGUGGAGCCCAAAGUUUUCCUGCACUACUGGCCAUCUAUCCGGGCCCUGUGGGCCGACCAGGGCAUCCAGAACGCCUACGACCGCCGCCGAGAGUUCCAGCUGGGCGAGUCAGUCAAGUAUUUCCUGGACAAUUUGGAAAAGCUUGGAAAGUCGGACUACCUACCCGGCCAACAGGACAUCCUCCUGGCCCGAAAGCCCACUAAAGGCAUCCACGAAUACAACUUUGAGAUUAAGAACGUGCCCUUCAAGAUGGUAGACGUGGGCGGUCAGCGCUCUGAAAGGCGGCGCUGGUUUGAAUGUUUUGACUCGGUCACUUCCAUCCUCUUCCUCGUCUCCUCCUCUGAAUACGACCAGGUGCUGAUGGAGGACCGGCAAACCAACCGGCUGAGUGAGUCCCUCAACAUCUUCGAGACCAUCGUCAACAACCGGGUGUUCAGCAACGUCUCAAUCAUCCUCUUCCUGAACAAGACGGACCUGCUGGAGGAGAAGGUGAAGCAAGUAUCCAUCAAAGACUACUUCCCCGAGUUUUCGGGCGACCCCACAAGCCUGGCAGACGUCCAGCGCUUCCUGGUAGAAUGCUUUCGCAAAAAGCGUCGCGAACAGCAGCAGAAGCCGCUAUACCACCACUUCACCACUGCCAUCAACACUGAGAACAUCCGGCUGGUGUUCCGCGACGUCAAGGACACCAUCCUGCACGACAACCUCAAGCAGUUGAUGCUGCAGUGAGGGGACUGAUCAGGAGGUGGAGAAGAUGGGUGGAGAAGAUGGGUGGAGGCCCAUUGGAAAGUGGGUGCGUUUGUCCUUACCCGUAAGGGGAGCGGGCAACAUCACUCUACCCGUCCAUCCUCCCUCCUUGAUGUUGACCGGCUCUUCACUUUUGAACUUUAACUGUAUUAAAGCCACCACUACUACCGCCAUUCCCCCACGCUUACUCUUUGCCUAACUGAGCUUGUUCACUGACUUAUAACAGCCGCCUUUGGCUCAGAGCCCCCACCCCCUGAUCUUUCAAACCACUGUAAAUGACCCCCCCCCCCCCCCCCCCCCCCCCCCCCCCUGUCCACACUUCAGUGAAUCUGCCUGACAUCUUUUAUGGUAUGUCCUCACUAUGUGUUCUAAUGUGCUCUAAUUCACUUGCACACACUUUGUCUAUGCUGCUCUGACCACUGUUACAAGGGAAGGGGGGGGGGGCUUGUUUUAAAUUGGUGUUACUAAGUAGCUGUCAUCUGUCUCCAGCUGUUGCCUUCCUUUUUGUAACUUCCUUGAUUUUGUCUCUGGUGUUACAUCUGCUCUCCACUGGCGCUUGGUGAUGACAUCACUGUGGGGAUUUCCUCCGAGGGCAGUUCAACUAACACACACAGAUAGGAAUUCCUGUUCCAAAGUCCACUUGAUUCUAGUUUUCUAAUCAUUGUGUUUCUUUUUCUAAUAUAUGAAUAUACUGUAUGUACCUAUGCAUUUUUCUUUAACUUAUAUUUUAUAGGGGUUUACACUUUGUGGAAUUCCUGAUGGAUUCUGUUACAGUUAACUUGAUCCAUAGACCACUUGUAAAAUGAAACACUGUGCUAUAAGGGUAGCUAGUACAGAGUUAAUAGUGACACGUUGUAUUUUGCGGUUUCUCAGGGUACAUUGUGAACCCCGCUUCUCUGUGAUUUGAAGCCAACCAGAACUCUCAUGCCUCUGACCCCGUCCCCCCCGUCCCCCUCUACAUGAGUCAGUGAAAUGACAGAUUUCAUCUUUUCCCUGUCUGGGUCAGCAGAGAACACUCCUUAUGCUUCAAAAGCACAACUCCGGCCAUCUUCAACCAGGACCAUAUUUUACCAGCAGCGUCUUAACAUGCGAGCUGUAUCUAGAUACAUUAUCUGGACAAUAACAUCUGCAUUUACACCUAGUAUUUAUAUGCCUUGUUAUCUCAAUUCUGCCCACAUCAUGAUUGGAUCUCAAAACACAAACUAAACCUGCAAGCAGGUAUUCAUGGGUCAAAGGAUGCGACACAACUCGCAGCCGAAUGCUCACCGAGCCAGAGCAUCUCGGAGGCCAAGAGCCAACGCUCCACGGAGCAUGGGUGUGGUGCGGCACGGCAGAUAGCAUUCCCAUUGCCAUGUUUUCUGUGUGUGUAAUGUGUUUUCCCUAUCCAAAUUAUAUAUUACAUGUGAACACCAUUGGCUCCAUGAUAUGUUUCCAUUGAACAUAUUUUUAUGUCAACCAUUUUGUGGAGACAAAACUCUUCCCCAAAAUCCCUGUGUGGACUUUGAAAGAUGGCAAAGACAAGUUCCCAUUACCCCCCUGACUGCAACUGCUUGUCUCCACUGUCCGUGCAAACCAACAGUUAAAGCAAUGUUCAGUCAACACAAAUCCAUGUCCAGUGUCUAUUUGCAUCGCAGCUGCACCCUGAGUUAACGUAUCUCUUCAAUCCUGCUGAAUUGAUCAUUUCCAAAAAUAUUUAAGAUUAAUGGGUUACCCAAAAUGUCCAAAAAUAUCAGAUGUGUCAGGCAGAGUUGUUUUGAGGUACAAACACUACACAAGAUGAAAAUAGUCUUUGGUUUGAAAAUGUCCUUCAUUGUAACCAUCAUGUAGCUGUAAUGUUGGAACUGAUGUACACAGUGAAUCUUGUCUCAUUUGAAAGCAACAGGGACUCUAAGGAACAAAGGUCACGGAGCCUUAGUAAAAGAAACUUAACCAUGAAAAUGGCCAAAUGAAUACUGAAGACCUGUGUAAUCUCACAUCCAAGCCUCGAGCUUUCUUCUCUUCUCCCAGGAGGAUAACCACUUCAAGUGUUGUGUACUACACGUGGCGAGGUGCCUCAUUUUGUUGUCUACGAUCGUUUUUAUUAUCUGAAAGGUACCUGUUACUACUGUCUGUCUCUAUAAGUUAAAAACAAAAGGGACAUAGCCAGCCUGUAUGUCACUAAUGAACCUGAGCUGUUGAGUGCUGCUCAUGUAUAAUGUGUCAGUAUGUGUCCCUCACUCUCAUGUCUACCAGCUCAUGUAACUUCCCACACAGAUUUGUAUGUAUGACCAUGAGUUUUAUUGUAUUUUAACUUCUUGGAUGGUGUUCACUUAAAACGAAAGUAGGGGUCUGGUGACCUCAGGUGUGAAGGAGAAAGUCCCUUUCCUCAGCUUCCUCCAGAUGCAUUGACACCAUGAACACUAAAGUCCUCCAUGUGGCUCCACUGGUUCAUGCUAACACUUGAGCAUACGUAGAAGGGGAAUAAUCAAGAUGAUACUAAUGUAUAACAAAUUUCAAAAGUAAUGAAGUUGCACCUUUUUAUGGACGGGCGACUUCAAAGCAGCUUUACAGAAAAGGUUUUAUUGUUCCCAGACAAGAGCUCAGUGUUUGUGUGGAACACAUUCUACAUACAGCAAGCAUAGCUAUAUUACCUUAUGUAUAUAUUACUCCCCCCGUCAGACCAGCGUCCCUCUGUCCUGCCUCUUGUCUACACUGGAAGCCUUGCUUUAUGGUCUUCUGUCUCAGUUUUUAUCAGUACAGCUGUCUGUACAGGCACCGAGCAAGCUUGAGUUUCACUCCUGCACAGCCCACAGAGCCUCUAAGGGAACAGAAGUAAAAACUAAAACACGUCCCUCAGAGGCUCAGUAAAGUACUGUCGGUCCGAUGCUCUUGGUCGCUUUUCAAAUUGCAACUCUAAACAAGAGUAAGACAUGUAACCAUGGCCAUUAAAGAUGGUAUGUAAUACCUAGAUCUUCAAUUAAGUGACUACAUAUGAUUUAUUAACUCAAAGUCUUCCGUUUUACUCUUGAAGUAUUUCAAAUGACCUAACCAGUGUAGUUGCACGUUUUAGCUCUAAACUACAAACCAUUUCUACUUUACAUGUUCAGUUACCUUUUUUUAAUGAAACUUUCAAAUCUUCAGUUAUUUCCUCGGCGUUCUUCCUCAUGUUUCACACAUCCUUUGGUUUCCAUCCAUUGCUCUGCUAUCUCUGCUAAUUGGCAGAAUCUUAAGACUAGUUUGAGUUCUGUCGUUCAUCACAUUGUUACAUUACGUGCAAAUUGAUUUGAGAAGUCUGCAUUGCAUAGGCUCAUAAGUAUAAUGUUGCUCCCUGUUGACACAGUUCAGACACAUUUCAAUGUUUUUUCAUGUGUGAAAUUGCAUUGAAAAAAAUAUGUUUAUUUCCAAAACACAAACGGCUUUAACUUUGUUUUACAGCUCAUCAGGUAGACACCAAGGAAUAUGUGUACACUUUGUACAACACACAAACAGCUGAGUCAGCUGCUGUUCUAGUGCUGCAACUAAAGGCACACACACACAGUUUGACCGCUGUACAACGGCCACCUUCGAUUAGACCCUUGGAUAACAUUUUCUUUUCUCCUCGAGGUUGAGACUCUGAUAUUUGUUCAACAUUUAAAAUGUAUUUAGAACAAAUGAAGGGGAAGUGGACAUCUUGAGAGACGGAUCAGAUUAUUUGUGUCCCUGAGCUGCAUCAGUGUAGUCCUUCCUGUGCUAUCACUCUGCAUGGAGCAGUGAGACACACACGCACACACUGUCCUGCCUGCUGCUGCCCAGACAGCCUGAAGCCCAGCAGAGGCCAGAAGAAAGCCUGUUGCACAAACAAAUAGACCCAUGAAGGGAUGGCAGGACAGGCCUGUCCCCUAACAUGGCCUUUGUCAGCUCUGAACAAACUUGGUUUUGAGUAUUAGAACACAGACAGUCUACUGUCGCACAGGAGCACAAGCAGAUGUCUGAGUGGUGAUGUCCCACAUGCUGUUACACUCUCCGCUCUUAAUGUGAUGUCACAUGGUGACAGAUCAGGGCUCCAGUCUUUCAGAGCUGACCUGCAGCAAAAAGGAGCCACAUCUUUCCAAAACACUUCAACUGUCUUCCCUCAUCUGAUGGAUACAGAACAUAACGGGCUGAGUGGGGAAUAAAGAAGAAGGCAGAUUUAUACGAAUUCUGCAGGAAAAGUCUUGUAGAUUUUGGAGAUCAGAUUUAUAUUAGUACUCCAGGGGGGAUUUAAGCACAGAAGUUCCAUGUAAACCUUGGACAGUAUGUGUAACACUCAAAGGUACACUCAGCAGCAUCUCUCAGGCUUCAGUACAUGGAGCCAGCUCAGGGCUGUUCAGAUCUGACACUAGAGAGCAACUGCUGAUGACUGUAAAGAUCUUUUUAUUUCAAAGAACUAGGCUUUUUUUUUAAGCAACUUUAUAAAGCAUAGGAAAUGAUUACAGUGAGGAAUUGUGGGACGGCAUCAUCUCCCGUCAUUUGGUAAAGGAGGGGCCAGUGUUCCCUAUGCUAAAGGAGAUAAGAAAGGAAGCAUUGAAGCUUUCCUUAGCAUUUAGAGAAUUAUUGGCUGUCACUUAAUACUUCCAGGUCAUUUCACUCUGAAGAACCUUCCUAAGCAAAAAGACUUCGACCGCAGAUGGUGGUGAGAAUGAAAAAUAAAUGUUACACCUCCACACACCUGACCAAUUACUACAUGUAGUGGAAUUUAUUGUCUAAUUGUUACAAAUGACGCUGGAUGCUGCCCUGUUAUUGUUCUGAGAGGAGCUUUCAGAUGCUGUUAGAUCUGAGUAACACUUUGUUUGAAGCUUACUGAGACUACACCAAAAAUAAAUCUGCCUUAAGCCUCCAGCUUCACUUCCCAGAGCAGUUUGUCUCAGUGGUCACCUGGGUGCUCAGGAGUGUGUGUUGUCUCCUGUCAGUGAAGUCACAUGUUCACCAUCUGCCUUCUAGCACCCACAUGGAUUUGUCACCAGAUCCCACAGGGCAUAAGGAGAAGAGUCAGCAUCAUGGUGAUCUUUUCUUUCCCCGUAAACAGGGAAGAACCGGUUUUAGCCAAGAGGCCUUCUUUGUUUAUUGCUCCCAGAGUUUCACACACGAUUGAUUUUCAUGAGAUUGUCAUUUUUCUAACACCCUGCCUUUGCCGUCUAAGGUUUAUGUGAUGGUGGUUUUGUGUACUGCAUCAUCUGUGUGUUCUGUGAAUCUGACAUUACUGUCGCAAAUGUUUAUUUUUCUGGUUGAAAACAGAGAAAAGCCUUUUCUUACGUGUUUGGUUGUAAAUACCUGUGAGAGGACACCGUGUCACCUUCCAUAGUGCAAACUAUGCAACAGCUCUGUUCCACAGACAUGACUAGGUAUUAUUGUAAAAAAUAAUCAUGCUCUGACUGACUGAAGAUUCUCUUAAUGCCAGUGUCUUAUAGAAAUGUAUUUGUAAUCAUGUCAGGAAAAGAAAUCUGCAAAUGAUCUGCCAAAUAUGUAGAUGUUUAGUGCCUCCUCCAACCUCUGCCUGUACUGUCCAAUCAUGUUAGCAAAGGUUUUAUAAUGUGUUUUUUUUAAAUGAUGCCACACAAGCAGAUAAAACAUUUCUCCCAGUUUUGCUAUUUUCAGAUAGAAAAGCUUUCAAUGUACAGUCUAACUUAUGCUGUCUUACCCUUCUACUCUCCUAAAUAAAUCAAACAUAAAUAAACUGUUUUUUUUAAAA